UUCGUUUUAAUAUCACUUUCAGAUAUCACGGUUGACGUACUAUCAUUUUGUCUUGGUGAAAUUUUAAUACGUAUUCCAUACUUAUUGAUAAGAACUAUCGAAGAAAUUAAUCGAAGUUGAUCCGAACUAUCCACGGAUUCAAUUUUAUAAGCACGUAGUAUCGACAAAAUAGAUGCUUUGACUACCAUAGUAGCAAAUUUCCAUCCGAUACAGUUCCGUGAUCCUGCACUGAAUGGAAUGUAUGCGAAUGGAGGUGGUUUUGGAGUAUUUGAUAGAAACCGUUCUGGUUGGUAUGCUUCAGGGUUUGGAAAAUAUCUUGGAUCUCGGUGAAGCAUGAAUAAGUUUAUUAAUACCGUUGAUCCAACUGAUUACCUGAUACUCUGGAUGACGACCCAAUGCAUACAAAAUCCAAGAAAUACUCAUCGCAGCAGUAUCAUGUCCGGCAAAUAUAAAAGUGUUCACUUGAUCUCGUAUGUCCGAAUCUGUCAGACCGACAUUAUUUUUUUUUUCUGCAUAAUCGAGCAGCAAAUCAAGGAGAGCUUUUUUAUUAUUAAUCGGUUGAUUGAAAUUACUAUCACGAUUAGUUUUCCAUUGAAUUUGCCGUUUCAAUAUUAUCUAUAA